AUGGCUUCCCUCCCGCCAUUCGGUGCCGCUGCAGGCCGCAUCCUCUCCCACCGCCCCACCAUCGGUAUCAUAUCCACGCGCCCGGCAUGCCUCCUUAUCCUCAGGCCUCAGACUAGGUCAAUCACAGAUAUGGAGCGACAGAAUCGACAGCUGAAUAGGUCGAUAGCUCGCAUGGACAAGCUGGAGACACCCACGGCGUCUAUGAGGACAAACCAGUCAGGAAUGAUAGAGGAAGUCGCCGAGCUGCUAUUACCGAGUAUGAUUUACUUCUCUUGCACCAAUACGGACGUCAAAAGACUCGGCACCUUCAUCACCCCUCCAUUCUUCAGCCGCCCGUCGAUAUUCACGGAUACCAAAAACAGAAUACAGUUCGAAUGGGUUCGCACAAAAAUAAAGGCCCAAGAUCUCGUCUCUCGCUACCUCGCUCGAAUCUGGCACUCCGACCCGCUCAUUCGUAAAGACAUAAUCCCCUCCGCCGAAGCACUUCACCGAAAUAUGUACACUGCCUUCGCCCGUGGCGAUGUGGACGCCCUCUCUCGCAUCUGCGGCCGAGAUCUCUAUAAUACCUUCCGAAACCGCAUAACAUCUCGUCCGGCAAACGUCCAAUUCUCAUGGAAGUUCUCGGGUUAUAACUCAAGAUCGAGAAUUAUGAGCCAUAAAGUCGGUAUGCUAGGACAAGGAAAAGGGGACGAGAACAGUAUUAGGCAAGUGGUGGUUAGGAUCGAUUCUACACAGGCUUUGAUCAAAGGUGUCGAUGGAAAAGUUGUGAAAGGUACCGGGGAACCGACGAAGACGGUGGAGUAUAUAGUUCUGUCGAAAAGGAGGAGAGAGGGUGUUCCUGAGAGUCCCUGGGUGGUUUGGGGGACUGUAACGGAGAGUGGAAUGGACGAGAUAAGGGCACAUGGCUUACCGCCUCAAACAGGAGAUUCAACUGUAAGCGGUAGCGGUGGAAGGUGGAGCCGAUAA